UCAACAUUUCUUUCCAUUCUCUUGUUAGAUUAAUUCAUCCGUCUUGCUUCGAAUUCAUCUGUUCCCAUCUCUCGCAAUAUACGAUAUACAUUGAAUAUGGACUCAAUGUCUACUUCCACUACCGACAUGGCGGGCAUGUCGAUGCCUACCGGCCACACAAGCUCCGGCUCAAUGGAGCAGAUGAGCAUGACAUUCUUCAUAUCAACGACAACACCGCUAUUCACCAUGGCUUGGACUCCAACUUCGACUGGACAAUACGCCGGCACUUGCAUAUUCCUGAUCAUAUUCGCCGCUAUAUUCCGUGCUCUUCUGGCUGUACGAAUCAACUUCUACGACAUCCUCGCUUCGGUCAAACAGAGACAUGGAGAUGAUGAGAUAGUUCUUUAUUCUGGCGAUGAUAAACGCGCGCGUCGGCGGCCAUGGAAGGCGAACGAAGCUAUCAUACUUGCUCUUGUAGACGUAAUCAUCGGAGGUAUGAGCUAUCUAUUAAUGAUUGCUGUCAUGACCAUGAAUGUAGGAUAUUUUUUGUCGGUUCUCGCAGGCAUUUUCGUAGGAAGCUUGGCUUUCGGGCGCUUCAUGGCUCGCUCUGUGGCGCAUUAGCUGGCUGGCCCCAAACAAGAUCACAAAACCAUUCACCUUCAAAAGAGGACAUAGCGUAGUAUCAAUGACCAGUUGAUCGAAUAUCUCCCCCAAAGUUGUACCGGCCUUGAUCUCUUCCAAUUUAUGUGACAACGGGUUCGUGUCCAC